CUGUGACAGAGAAUUGACGAUGUUGUGGCGGUCAGUUGACAGUAAAAUGACACGAAAUGUUCGGCGGGUCGUCACUGAAGUAGCAGUUAAAAUGCUGAAAAAGAAGCACAGUGACAUAGAUAUGGUAAAUUUAGUCAAAGAAAUGGAACUAAUGAAACUCAUCGGCAGACAUGACAAUGUACUUGGUCUACUCGGAUGCUGUACACAAGAUGGACCUUUGCUCAUCAUCACCGAAUACGCCACGCAUGGUAAUUUACUCUAUUUCCUACGAAACCACAACCGCCACUUUUCCAAAGCUCAGAAAACGACAUCGUUCAAUUUGUCCGAAAAAGUUCUAAUAACGUUUGCUCAACAAGUGGCAAAAGGCAUGGAAUACUUGGCUUCUAUGAAAUGCAUCCACCGAGACCUCGCGGCUCGAAAUGUUUUGGUAUUUGAUAAUUACAUCGUGAAAAUAGCUGAUUUUGGAUUAGCCAGAGAUAUUCGACACGAUUACUACUAUAGACAAAAAACCAAAGGCAAACUUCCAGUGAAAUGGAUGGCACCAGAAACCUUGAUACAAAAGCGUUAUACCACUCAAUCUGACGUGUGGUCAUUCGGGGUACUGCUUUGGGAAAUUAUGAGUUUUGGCUCCGUACCUUACAUGGCAUACGAUGACGCAGAAAAAUUGCUGGAAGACAUUCAGUCGGGGUAUCGUAUGAAAAAACCUGAUGGUUGUUCGAUAAUGAUGUACUCUCUAAUGUGUAAAUGCUGGAAUUAUCAGCCCGAUGAUCGACCAAAAUUCUCAGAAAUUAUUGGAGAUUUGAAUGAAAUAUUGGGAGAUGACGCAAUAAUCGAAUGCCCUGAUUCUGACUGCUCCGAUUCUGAUUCUCCGAACUCUACUACAUCACGCCACAUGACGCAGAAUGAGACCAAUGGUCUCUUGGAGGACAAUUGCUGA